GGAUAUUUCUUACAUUAAAGAAAGAAAAAAACUGUGUUAUUGAAAUGGCGACUCCGCCAACACUUCCAAAUGAAGUUUUACCUCAUGGAUAUUCCUCGAUCUACGGGGCUGGGAUUCCGUCGGCAUACAGCGGUCUCGCCGUGGCAUCGCCGUACAGUUAUCCCGGAAUGUACUAUCAUCCAGCGGAUUUAAACCGAGCUUAUGCGAUGCGUAUGCUUGAAGAACUUCAACGCCGGGAGCAACCGCAGAAGCCGCCGUAUUCAUACAUAGCACUUAUUGCUAUGGCCAUUAAAAGUGCACCGGAUAGAAAGAUAACGUUGAACGGAAUUUAUCAAUUCAUCAUGGAACGGUUCCCAUAUUAUCAUGACAAUAAACAAGGCUGGCAGAACAGUAUUCGACACAAUCUAAGUUUGAAUGACUGCUUUGUGAAGGUCUCAAGAGAAAAGGGGAAGCCGGGCAAAGGAAAUUAUUGGACGUUGGACACUAAAUGCGAGGAAAUGUUCGAAAACGGCAACUAUAGGCGUAGGAAAAGAAGGGUCAAAGUUCCAGUAAAAGAUGGAGAGGAUGGCACUAAUAGUUUUGACGAUUCCAAAGACAGGGACGACAGUGAUGUAGAGUCGUUAGAUGAGCUGAAUGUUACAUCAGGAGAUGAGGAAGAAGCUAGCAUGGAAAAAGACCGACUGAUGUCAAAUAUUUCGCCGGUAAAUGACAGUGGUAUAAACGUAGGUUCGAGCGGUUCUGAAGACGAAAAUUCGAGAGACUCGACGGAGGUUGCAGCUAAUUUCAGACCUCAAACAAGUAAAUGUGAUAACCGCGAUCAGCCUGAAUCAAAUUAUUCUGGCGGAAGUAAAUUUUCUGGAAUUAAAAGAAAACUUUUUACAAUAGACAGUAUUAUGGGUAUAGACGAAGAAAAAGAAACGAAGAAUGAGCAAAAAACAAACAUUGAGAUUGAACAAAGUGAAAUAAUUGAAAGACCAUUAAAAAAGAGAAAAAUUGAUAUUUUUGAUAAAAUUCCAAGCCCGCCUCCAAAAGUUAUAGAUUUAAAAGGUGGUAAUUUGAGUACAUUGCAAUUAUCUCUUGCAAGUGGACUUUACGGGCUUAACUUUCAACAAAUGUAUGCUAACAUUCCAUCAUAUGGUAUGAAUCCACAAAUAUGGUCACCUAACUUACAACUCCCGUCAUUUGGGCAGGGUUUCGCGGAAAGAAUAUAUCAACAAAAUGCGGCAACGCGAGCUAUGGCUUUCUCAGGCACCGGAAGUGUGUCACCACGUGAUACUUUAGAAUCUCAGCACGUGAUGCCUCCAGGAACUCCACAGCUUCACUCCACACCUAGGAUACAGUGAUACCUUUUAAUGAAUGUAUUGUUUU